CUGAGUAUCAUCUGAUGACAGACUCUAUUCUGACUAUUUUUUUUUUCCAACGACGUAUGUGGGGUGUCCGUGCCUGCGCGUUCUGCUGCGAGACUCUUCGGACGAGGAAUCACAUCGUAUACGAGGAUGCCAAGGUCAUUGCCAUGUUGGACCAUAACCCGCGCGCCAAGAAGCACAUACUGGUGAUCCCACACGAGCACAUUCCGUCCGUGGAUGACCUCACACCGACGCACUACGAUCUGCUUGAGCACAUGCUGCUGACAGGAAAAGAGAUUCUCGCCAAAGACGGCUUCGUGGACAAUGAGAGCUGCCGGUACAUUAGCAAGAGCCCCGUUAUUGCUCCUUUCGUUGCAAUCCUUGUGCUCAAUGCUAAUGCUACAAUUUUGUGUAGGUUUGGCUUCCAUCGCUCGCCGUUUGCUUCAGUGCCGCAUUUGCACAUGCAUUGUCUGGGAUUGCCGUUCCUUCCGUCGUGGAAUCGCUUGCGGUACAUGGAAUCGAUGGUACCGUCGUACAUUAGCGCCGAAAGCGCCCUCGCUGCUCUUCGUGCCAAGCGAGAUGCGCUGGACUCCAUCCGCUCCUCCGAAGAGUAAGCCGUACAACUAGAAUAUAACUAAGUAACAUUAAGGCUCGCUGUCUACAUUUGCACUUCGCCAUCUAUUCGUACGUGCCGGACUCGAUGUACUUGAACUGCUGGGUCUGCGUACUUUGCGGC